AAUAAACCUAGUGGUAGCGCCGGUACUGCCUGGAGGGUGGUGAACGAAUCCGUGUUUCGCAAUAAAAGGCUGCUGAGGAACGUCGGUCUGCCGAGGGGAGGCGAGGAGAGAGAUUAAAUCGAUCGAAUCGAAUAGAAGAGGCGAAAGAACGAGGCUAACCAGAGCUUCCGAACGCCGUGGCCACGCUUCUCCUCCUCCCCAUUUCCCCCGCUUGAGUCCCCUCCUCGAAACCCUAACAUUUCCCGUUAAUCACUCUUCCUCUUCGGCCGAACAGGCGGUUGUGCUGUUCUUCUUCAGUGCCGACGAUUCAUCUGUUUCCCUUGUUAGAAGUCAGUAGAAGGUCAUGUUUGGAGCUGGGGGUUUUUCAAAUGGCUACGAGGUCGGUUCAAAGCGACCAAGGCUAAUGGAUGCCAAUCCUUAUUAUGGAAUGGGUGGUGGCUACUACAUGCAGCCUUUUCCUGUGGUUCGGCUUAGAGGUCUUCCAUUUGAUUGCAGUGACAUAGAUGUGUUCAAGUUCUUUGCUGGUCUGGAUGUUGUUGACGUUCUUCUAGUCAAUAAAAAUGGGCGAUUUUCUGGAGAGGCGUUUGUUGUAUUUGCUGGUGCAAUGCAGGCAGAAUUUGCUUUACAGAGAGAUCGACAAAAUAUGGGUCGCAGAUACAUUGAAGUUUUCAGGUGUAGUAAGCAAGAUUAUUACAACGCAAUAGCUGAUGAGGUGAACUCUGAUGGCAUUAAUGACUACCGGAGCCCUCCACGUUACUCAAGAAGAUCAAUUGACAAAGAACAUAUGGAGCAUACUGAGAUUCUAAAGCUACGGGGCUUGCCUUACUCGGUCACAAAGUCAGAAAUAAUAGAUUUCUUCAAGGACUUUGAGCUUACUGAGGCCAACAUACAUAUAGCCAGUAGGUAUGAUGGUAAAGCGACAGGUGAAGCGUUUGUGGAGUUUGCAUCUGCUUCAGAUUCAAAGAAAGCCAUGUGCAAAGACAAGAUGAUGAUAGGCUCGAGAUAUGUGGAGCUGUUCCCAUCUACGCCAGAAGAACUUAGUCGCGCUGCUUCCAGAUCAAGGAGCUGAUGCCUGGAUGGAUUGGUUUUGUAUGUCAUACCUCAUCAUGGGUACUGAAUGAUUAGGUUGACCUUCCAGUAUUCAUAGAUCUGUUAAAAGCAGUAGUUUUUUUUUUUUUUUGGGAUAGGCAGGUUUCUUUUUCUUGUUAUAUGUUGUGGCUUAUCAGCUGUGAACUUUUCAAGAUCUCUGUUAUGAUAACCUUUAAACCUCUUGGAUCCUAGCCGAGUUAGCCCCUGCGCCUGCAUGUGCAGAAUCAUGCACUCGUGUGCGUGCAGAGGCACCUGCUUUGGGGUGUGACGGUCUGGGGCUUUUCUGAGAACCAAUAUCGCUGGUACACAGCUAUGCAUAAAGGAACAUUUUAGAUUUUA